AUGCAAAGCGAAGUGGAGCUUAGCGAGUCUAAUUUUGCUACUUUAGGAAGAACGGAUAAAAAUGACAGUAAAGAGUAUCUGUCGCCGGAGGAAGAAGAUGAACUCUUCGAAAAGGCCGAAAAGAUGAACCGAAAGAUUGAUGAGAGCAUUCGACUGAGAGAAAAUGCAGAGAAGAAGAAAGGCGAGAGUGAUGAUGACGAUUCCGACGAUCCAAAAGGCUCCACUGUUAAAUUGAGAAGAGAAGUGGAUCUCAUUGGAGCGAUUUUCGUUAUUAUAGGAAGCCAAAUUGGAAGUGGUAUUUUUGUAUCCCCUAAAGGUGUUUUGCGACUGACGGGAUCCGCCGGCUUCUCCUUGAUUUCAUGGAUGCUGGCUGGAGUUGUAGCAACCAUAGGCGCCCUGUGCUACGCUGAAGUUGGCACACUAGUGAACGAGUCAGGCGGUGAGUAUCCCAUCCUGUACAAAGGAUACAAGGGCGGAAAGUGGCCAGCGUUCAUGUUUGCCUGGACAUGCUCGACAAUCCUGAAACCGUCUUCGUUCGCGAUUUUGUCGCUCACAUGCGCCAAAUACACGCUAAGCUCGAUAGAGUCGAUCAUGGGAUACAAUUUGUGUGGGGAACUGUCUCCUUACGCGGAGAAGUUUUUCGCCAUGAGUAUCAUCUGGCUCGUUGUAGCGAUUAACUGUGCUUCUGUCAAACUCACCAAUCAAAUUCUCAAGAUCUUCGGCUAUGGAAAAGUGAUCUCCAUCGGCAUCAUUAUUAUCGCCGGAUUGGUGCUGACGUUCAUGGGCCAAACAAUUAAAGAAACAUUCGCCCCGGCCACGGCCUUCGUCAACUAUGAAACAAACGAGGUAGCGAUGCCAUCCAUCGGCGCUGUGGGCCUCUCGCUUUACCAAGGUCUCUGGGCGUACGACGGUUGGAACCAGCUCAACUACAUUUCCGAAGAAGUAGUCAACCCAGGGAAGAACUUGCCCCGCGCAAUCAUCAUCGCCAUGAGCUCAGUUACGAUCCUCUACCUGUUCACGAACUACGCGUAUCUUUCCGUCCUGGGUGUCAAUGGGCUCCUCGAUGCCAGCGCAGUCGGUACUGCCUUCGCAAGUCGAGUCACAUUCCUCCCCGGGCUGGACAAGAUCAUUCCUGUCAUGGUGAUGGCUUCUGUCUUUGGUACCUGCUUGAUCUCCUGUUUCACCGCCGCUCGAGUUCCCUACUGCGCGGCACGAAAGGGUCAAUACCCUCAUGUGCUCUCAAUGAUCCACGUAAAGCGCAUGACUCCCGUCCCCGCUGUCAUGUUCAAUGGCAUCAUUGCAACGCUGAUGAUUUGGCCGAAUGACUUCGACUCGCUGGUAAAUUAUUUUUCGUUCUGCAUGUGGAUCUUCCACACAUCCGCUUGUUUUGCCACCAUCACGCUCAGAAAACGAAUGCCAAUCGAACAACAUCCUCGAUUAUUCAAAGUUCCAAUAGCGUUCCCCUACAUUAUCUCUGUCAUUGGCACCUUUCUUAUUCUAGUUCCCUUCUUUGACGGUUUUGAUUGGGGUUUCAUGAUCGCUCUUGGCUGGAUCUUGCUGGGAGUGGUGCUUUACUCAGUAUUAGGAAACAAGAAGGACCAAAAUGCCAGCGGAGGAAAAUUCGCAGAAGUCACAAAAUUGAUUCAAAUUGCGCUGCAAGUCGUUCCGGAAGAGUAG